UUUUGGCCGUUGAUCCGUGUUUCUUUGUUCCUGGGUGCUUCGUGUUGUCACGACUUUGGAUUCCUCUACCAACACGUCCGCGUCGCCGUCAAAUGGAGCCGCCAAAGAAGAAAAGAAAAGUUCUCUCUCUAGAAGAAAAAGCGAAGGCAAUAAGCGCUGUUGCCAGUGGACGUAAAAAAUGCGACGUUGCUGCAGAGCACGGCAUCCCAGCGAGCACGUUGUCAACGAUCUUGAAGGGGAAGGACGCUAUCCUUCGAGCGGCUUCGUCAGGGAAGGCGACGAAAAAGAAAAACCUGAAGACUACGCCGUACGAAAAGUUGGAAGAGGCACUUUACACGUGGUUUAUGGACAUGCGAGCCAAGAACGUUCCAAUAUCCGGGGAAGUGCUACAACGGAAAGCGCUCUGUUUUGCAUGUCUGCUGGGCUUUGAUGACUUCAAAGCAAGUUCUGGCUGGCUGACGCGUUUUAAAGGGCGUUACGCGGUUGUAGGCAAGGUUAUAUGCGGCGAGGAAAAUAGCGUCAACAGGCUUGAGGCCGGCGACUGGCUGUCUGAGAAUGUACCGGACAUCCUAACAAGCUAUGCCCCCAGGGACAUAUACAACGCCGACGAAAGCGGUCUCUUCUAUCAAAUGCUACCGAAAAGAACGCUUGCCCAAAAAGGUGCGUCCUGUCACGGCGGCAAGCAAAGCAAGCAGAGGGUGACGAUGCUGCUGUACGUCAAUAUGGAUGGGACCGACAAGCGAAAAGUACUGAUCAUCGGAAAGAGUGUGAACCCGCGCUGCUUUAAAGGAUGCAGAGAGCUUGACAUGCAGUACGAGGCAAACGGCAAAGCCUGGAUGACGCGCGUGAUUUUCGGCAAGUGGUUGAAGGAAUUCGAUGUCGACAUGUGCAGCCAAAAAAGGAAAGUGUGCCUUUUGCUAGACAAUUGCACGGCGCACUACGUCCCGCAGCUCGAGUUGACAAACGUGGAGCUCCGCUACUUCCCUCCGAACGCCACUUCAGUCAUUCAGCCACUCGACCAAGGCAUUAUAAACAGCGUGAAGUCUGCGUACAAGUGUCGGGUUAUCGACAAGCUGCUGCUGAACCUGGAGCAUAAUCGAGCCACGAAGAUCGACAUCUACACGGCUAUCGCUCUGGUAGCGGCGUCAUGGAAGGCGACAAGGACGUCGGUAAUAGUGAACUGCUUCAGGCACGCCGGUUUCAAAACGUCCGACCCCGAGGAUCUGUCCAGCCUUGAACUCCCGAACCAAGAGGCCACGCCCAGUUCCUGGGAAGCGCUUCGCCAACUGGGCCACGUGUCUGAAGACUCCAGCUUCGGAGAUUACUUAAGAGACGACGCCGAUGCCGACAUUCAGACAACGGAGGUCCUGGACGACAGUGAGAUACUGCGGCUCGUCGCUACUGGACAGAAAGAUGACGCCGAAGCAGAUGACGCAGAAGCAGUCGAGGAUCCCGUGCCAACACCAAGCCAGGUAAUGGAUGCAGUUGACCUCCUGAGGCGGUUCGCGGGUGCGCACGAGGGAACUGCAGCUGCCUUCAACGCGCUCACCGCUUACGAGAAGUGCGUGCUUCCGCUUUUGACGAAGCGCUCGCAGUCGAAGAUCACCAGCUUCUUUCUUCAGCAAUAAAUGUGUUCUUUUCCUGAGAA